UCCUGUCGCUCUAGCUGCCUUGCCCGCGUUUCCUGCCCCGGUCGGCUCGUUCCCCUUAGACACGAAUUGCCCCUGUACAGAUUGAUCGUGGCCCAUAAAACGAUCAAAUUAAAUCAAAUCAAAUGGCAGAGGCACAGGAACAGCCACAGGCGAGACCUCAGCCUGAAGAACCAAGUCCAAAUCAUGGCCUGCCUACAGUGAGUAGUAGUCUGGGCAAUGAGCCAUUACUGGAACUGUCCCCGUCCCAGCCAGAAGCGACAUCCACCCAGGUACAUACACAGCCAGAGCCACUGGCACCGGCGCAAGCACAGGCUCAGGCUCAGGCACACGUCGCAGAUCACCACCAAGCACAAGUCAAGCAGGAAGGAGAACAUAAUCAGCAGCAGCUGCUGCGGACGGAGGACGACGCGGAGGCACCCACACGGCCACUGCAAGGAGUGGUCGGGUCAGAUCCUGCAGAAAACGAGGCAGCAGAGAAACUUCAGGCUCAGGCCAUCAGUCCUGCGGACGCGAUUAACUCGAUCUUGACGACAUCCGCUCCUUCCACAGCCUCAACAACUGCAUCUACCACAGUCGCUACCGAUACGCCGCCAUCGUCUGCCGUUACCAACGGCGCUCCAGCAGAACACGGCCAGCAGAACGGCUCUGCGCCGCCGUUGUCGCCGCCAUCCGCCAUGUCGAACCAUCCACAGCACCCUGGGCAUCCGCGGCAGCCCAUGACCUACCCAAAUCAGACUUAUGCUGCCCCUGGCAUGAAUGCGCAAUACGGAUACCCAAAUCCGGCGGGACAGUCUGCCGACGCCUAUCGAGGGAGUCCGACGGCGGGCAGUAAUCCCAUGUCGCUACCUAGCUACGGGCAACCAGUUCCUGGUGUUCCUCUUCCCGGGAAUCCGUACGGGCUUCCUCCCGAUGCAAUGGGCCCACGAUAUGCGCUACCGCCAAGCGACCCCAGAGCCGUGCUCGCCGGUGGACGUCACAAGAAGGAAAUCAAACGUCGAACGAAGACGGGCUGUUUGACGUGUCGCAAACGACGAAUAAAGUGUGACGAAACGCAUCCAGUCUGUAAGAAUUGCCAGAAGUCGAAGCGCGAUUGUCUGGGAUACGACCCAAUUUUCAAACAACAGCAACAACACCCCACGAACAUACAACCUGCGCCGAACCACCCGAAUCCUUCCGCGUCUGUCCCCUCUAACGGACCUGCCUCCGCGACCCCCUCCGUCCCGAGCCAUUCGGCAGCCUACUCCAAUCUACCGUCAGUGCUCUCUAGCAAUAUCAAGGGUGAGGGUGUUGAUUACUCCUCCGCUAUUGAUCCUGCUCUUGAAGGCGUUAGCGCAACUGCGAGUACGUCGACAUCUCAUUUCCCAGCAAUCAACCCUCUUGACCCGAACACCCCACGCGCACCUCAUAUCAGAGGCGGUGGCCCCUCCUUUGUCCCCUUCCAUGAUUCUGCUUCGCAAACCACCACACCGAACCAGAGAGGAACCCCGGCUUACUCUGGAUAUUCAGCCAAGAUGAAAGUCAGCGAACUCGUUGCGCUCGGCGGCAUUACGCCCCCACAACUUCCGAGCUCCCCUUCACAAGAGAUCCUAGACGAUAUACGGAACCUCUACAGGGAAAUAUACGGACCUGGCCUCGAGAACUUUCUAGAGACGAAAUGGUUCACGAAUGAAAACGCCGUCAACGCUGUCAUAUCCCACAAGGGAGUUACCGACCUGAUAGCAGGUUUCCUGGGUACUCUGGGUGAUCUCAACGAUGCGGCCGCCAUGAAUUACUCAGCAAAUCUUGAAUUCUUCAUCGUCUGGGACCUCACUUGCCUUGCAUACUCCCCCGAAACGGGGUUCAAUACUGGGCCGGCUUUACCGGCUGAAGAUGAUCCGCUCGAGACAAGGAACAGAAUUGCAGUUCUCGACACUCUGCUAUCAGGUGAUUACCUUGAGGCAAACCCGCUAUUACCACCUCCAGCUCAGGGUGACUACCAACGACUCAGACAAUACGAAUUCUGGCAUCAUCUUGGGGAGUUCUUGCGUAUUAGAGAUGAGCCUAAUGUGGACAUGACGCCCUUGCGAGACCAGAUUCUGGGUCAGAUGCGCAACCUACUAGAUGGACGCGAGAACCGGGACGUUCUGUACUCUAUUGCGAUUAUGCGCGCCCUCGCGCCUAAUUUCCCACCCGAUUUCGAGAGCACACUUCCCCCACACCUUGACGAAAGCGACCCAAAGAACAAGCUCGCCGUCGCACGUAAGUUCAUUCAGGACGAAUCCAAGGUGACAGGGGGGACAACCAACGUUGUUCGUCGCUAUGCCGAACUCGCUUCGCGGGCUUUCAUUGCACCUGGAGGCAAUGUUCCUAGACGCCCGAACGGAGUGUUAUGACAGUGUCGGCGGCCGGCGGAAGCCGUGGGAUUGUACAAAUAGAUACCCCUUUCUUUGCCAGUUGGACACUUAACUGCAUUCCAACCGGGUCAUGUUAUACCUCGCAUCAGCCGCCUUCAGACGCCGAACCCCCCAA